AGAGAGAGAGAGAGAGAGAGAGAGAGAGAGAGACUCUGUUACUUUCCAGGAGCGAUGGGUGAGGGAAAAAGCAAGAGCAGGGUCGGUGAUUACGGGAUACAGUUAGUGGUGUCUGCACGAUGUGUCUGCACGAUGCACCCACCAGCAUCAUGGUGAAAGGAAUGCAGCCUCAAGCUCCUGUCACCCUCACACUCACCACGCACAAUGAGGCCUCCCUCAAGUUCCUCUCUUACGCCCACUACGUGAGUGACGACAGUGGGACAGUGAACGUGGAGCGAAGUGAGGCUGUGGGUGGCUCCUACACCGGCGAGUUCCCUGCAGGACUGCUUUUAUCCCUGAUGGAGUUCCCUCAUCAUUAUACACGCCUUCAGAAGGAUGAUCCCACAACUCCUUGGCUGAUGACACUAGCGGUGCAUGAAGGCCACCUCACGCUGGAACAGAGUGGUGCCAGCGAGGGCUUGACUGAUGUGCUGCUUGAGCGCCAUAUCAUGGCUCCUGGCGUGCGGAGUGAAACCGUUGUCCUCGAGAGAGUCCGCGGGAACAUAUUUUUCCCUGCGGGUCCCGGCCCUUAUCCUGCUGCCAUUGACAUCUUUGGUGCAUCAGGGGGACUUAAGGAGUACAGAGCAUUUAUGCUGGCUUCUAGGGGUAUUGCGUGCCUCGCCAUUGCUUAUUUCAAAUACGCCGAUCUUCCCAAGAACUUAGAUAGUUUAGAGCUGGAAUACUUUGAGGAAGCAGUAGAAUACUUACUGCAGCAGCCUGGCGUCAUCCCUGCCCGGUGUGGUGUCAUCGGAUCAAGCAAGGGAGCCAAUCCAACUCUAGGUAUGGGAAUCCACCUGCCGAAGGUGACAGCAGUUGUGUCCAUCGGAGGCAAACUAAUUGGCGAUACGCCUCUUACAUACCGUGGAAAGCAACUAUGGAAGACUCAAAAGCUUAACCCGCUCUACUAUCAAAUAGAGGAACACAAUAUUGUCAGUGUGAAGGAAAGUGCUGUGAAGAACUUGUAUACUCACGACCAUCCAGGUAUACCAAAUUGUGAGGAUGCUCCUGAUGACACGCACUUCCUGCUCAUAGCCGGUGACGAUGAUCAGUGUUAUACCAAGCUGGAGAUUGACGCCUUGAUGGAUCGCAUGAAGCUGCAUGGACGAGAACAUCAAUGUCAAACUGUUAUCUACAAAGAAGCAGGACAUAUAAUUGAACCACCUUAUAACGCUCACCCAGGCUACAGUACAUUUGACAUGGGACUCGCAAAAGUAAUAAUGAAAUGGGGUGGGAUUCCCUGGGGCACAUGCAAAGCCCAAGAGCAUAACUGGAACAAUAUGAAAAACUUCUUAGAGAUGCAUGUACGCGAUCGAAGUGCCUGGUACCAACAGUACAUCGACCGCACUCGCACGGAGAAGAAACUGUGAUCCAUGUUAUCAGUACGUCUUCUCAGUAGUCUUUGAGGUGUGCUAUCUUAAUUGUUAUCCAGUUACCUAAUUCAUCAAGUGACGAACUUCAUACUACUGUUACAAUAUUCACAGAAGUAUUUAUUGAAAGACCGGUCUUUCAGAAGCACCAUUGUCUACCGGUUCCUGAAAAGAGAGCCAAUACGUAGUCUCUAGAAUAAUUAAUUAUUACAUUAGCAACGUAAUCUUUCAACUUACCACAAGCCAUGGUGGCGCUUGCUAAUAGAUGAUAUUUAGCACCUUAUUCAUUGAUGAGAAACUGUAAACAAAAUCCAGAACGAUUUUUGUACAACAAAAUAGUGAUUGAAUAUCAGUGGGCUGCAUAUGAGAGAGAGAGAGAAAGAGAGGUCUUCUCAUCACGAUCUCUUGGGCUAACUGCAGACUAGCGUCACUCAGGCUCCUGCGCUCCUCUUUCUUCUUAUUCCACAAGUACAGAAAAAUUUGUUCAACACCCAACUGAAAUUCCUGAACGUAUCGGAGAUACGCCUAACAUUCUUGUCUUUUCCUAAUCUGAAAUACUGCUUAUGCUGUCACCCUAUCCUCUUCAUUGGGCUCCUUUUUACAAUUUCAUAUCUGUUCGAUCGCUCUAAUCGCUGUUCAGUGUUCCCGAAAGCAGAGGUGCCUCUGGCGUUUUGCUUUUGCUAACAAAAGGAGAAACCAGAGGAGGCAUUAUUAUGAUUUUUCUUGUAAUGACUAUUUCUUCCGUAUCAGAGACCUGUAUCUGUGUGCUGAGCUCAUAAUAAAAGUGAUAGAGUCUGGCAUGUAAGCGUAUAUUCCUCACUUUUUCUCUCGCCUUGGUGCAUAGCUCUUUCAACCUUGGUUUAACACAGUUUCUUCUCAUGCUAGACAUGAUAGAGAGCUGGCCUUCAUAAAUUAUUUGAGUGUUUGAUGACUUUCAUGCACAUUAUAUUUCUGCCUUGAAUCAGGUGAAAUCUGUCUUCCAACUAACCAAAAACUGCUUCACCAACAGAAAAAUAAAAACCUUUCUAUCUAACUUCCCUCAUGACUUUUGGCACCUGGCCAAAAACAUCUCUAAUUACUUUAUUUCAUCUUUCUUCUACUUUAACCUG